CGGGAGCCGGACGUGUGGUGUCUCUGAGUAAAGGCCGACCUGUGUCUCUGUCCCCCUGCAAAAGGUGGCCACAAGGUGAACAAGAUGGCCUGGUGGAAAGCUUGGGUUGAACAAGAGGGUGUCACCGUGAAGGGCAGCUCCCACUUCAACCCAGACCCUGACGCAGAGAACCUCUACAAAGCCAUGAAGGGCAUCGGGACCAACGAGCAGGUCAUCAUUGAUGUGCUCACCAAGAGAAGCAAUAUACAGCGGCAGCAGAUCGCCAAGUCCUUCAAGGCUCAGUACGGCAAGGAUCUCACCGAGACCUUGAAGUCAGAGCUGAGUGGCAAGUUUGAGAGGCUCAUCGUGGCCCUCAUGUACCCGCCAUACAGAUACGAGGCCAAGGAGCUGCAUGAUGCCAUGAAGGGCUUAGGAACCAAGGAGGGCGUCAUCAUUGAGCUCCUGGCCUCUCGGACCAAGAACCAGCUGCGGGAGAUAAUGAAGGCAUAUGAGGAAGACUACGGGUCCAGCCUGGAGGAGGACAUCAAAGGAGACACAAGUGGCUACCUGGAGAGGAUCCUGGUGUGCCUCCUGCAGGGCAGCAGAGAUGAUGUGAGCAGCUUUGUGGACCCAGGACUGGCCCUCCAAGAUGCACAGGAUCUGUAUGCGGCAGGCGAGAAGAUUCGCGGAACUGAUGAGAUGAAAUUCAUCACCAUCCUGUGCACUCGCAGUGCCACUCACCUGAUGAGAGUGUUUGAGGAAUAUGAGAAAAUCGCCAAUAAGAGCAUUGAGGACAGCAUCAAGAGUGAGACCCACGGCUCACUGGAGGAGGCUAUGCUCACCGUCGUGAAAUGCACCCGGAACCUCCACAGCUACUUUGCAGAGAGACUUUACUAUGCCUUGAAGGGAGCAGGGACACGUGAUGGGACCCUGAUAAGGAACAUUGUUUCAAGGAGUGAGAUUGACUUAAACCUUAUCAAGAGUCACUUCAAGAAGAUGUACGGCAGGACCCUGAGCAGCAUGAUCACGGGAGACACCAGUGGUGACUACAAGAAUGCUCUGCUGAACCUGGUGGGCAGCGACCCCUGAGGCCCAGAAGAACAGGAAGAGUGGCCAAGAAGCCAGAGCCCCCAGGCCCUGCCUGCUGGACCUUGGCCAUGGAUGGGGGUCAGGGUGGGGGGACCACAGCCAGCCUUUCAGCCUUCUGUUUCCCAGUUUCCAGGGCUUUCCUGCUGGUAUUUCUGAC